AUGGUGUAUAGGUCUGACAAGAUGCUGUUAGGCUUUGUCAUCUUUUAUACCGUUCUUGCCUGGCUUACCUUCUUCGUACGCUGCAAGCAUUUCUCUGGCUUCUGGGAUCCUAAGUACGCACACACUUGCUAUCCGUUGAAGUAUGUCAUGCACUUUGGAAUAGCAAACUCAGCCUUCAACAUCUUCACUGAUGUUUGCUUCGCCACAUUGCCCAUACCUAUCGUAUGGAAUCUCCAGAUGUCUUCACGGACGAGAAUCAGCUUGAUAGCUGUACUCAGCUUAGGCUAUGUUGCGGUGGUCAUGGGUAUUGUCAAAACGGUAUAUCAACUCACCAUCGUCAAAGACAACGACUCGCAUUUCAACAACAAUGUACGAUUCUGGGGCUUUGUUCAGCUCAAUGUUGGAAUUAUCGCCGCCUCAAUACCCACGCUAAAGCCACUUUUGCGAAAGAUCAGCAAGUCCACGAACAGCAACCAGUACAAUCAAUUCCAUGACGGCGACAAAGCCAGGACCAUUGGCAGCGCACCACCUUCCAGACCUCGCAAAUCGAUCUUGACCACGCUGAGCGGUACACGAACGGACAAAAACGCUGAUACCGAGGCAUAUGAGAUGUGGAGGGCGAAUGCAGGAUCGGCACAAGGCGGGAAGAAUGAGAUCUAUGCUGUCAGCGAGGAGCGCGCAGGAAGUGAGGACUACAUUCUUGGAGGACAUCCACACGAUUCGAAGCAGAUCAAAUGCACAACAGAGGUGACUAUCAACAAUGAGGGGACCAAUUCCAGGGUCUGA